AUGUCGUCCAUGCUGGCAGUCGCCAGCGGCCUUCUCGUUCUCACAGCUUCAACGAUUGCCAUGACAGUCAGAGUUCAACUGGACCGAUUCGAACAGCAGAAAGGUUUUGCCCUGGCCGACGCUAGCGGAUUUCGUGUCCGUAAGUACAACCGCACCACUUCGGUCCUGAUCGGCGAAGGAGACGUUUCCGACGACAUAGGAGAGAACUACACAGCUAGUUUGACCGUGGCGUACAGCCGGCUCGGUAACAACCAGUUCAACGAGUAUCCGAUGAAAAUCGCCAAGGCCAAGAUGUGUGAUAUUUUGAACGGACCGUACAAGGAAUAUCAGUAUCUCGUCAAGGGCUGCAGUAACUUUCCCCAAAUAGGAAGGGAGAGGCUUUGUCCGUUUCCGCGGGGUCACUACUGGAUCAAGGACUGGGCUCCGGACGGCAGCUGGGUUCCACCGGUAGUUCCCGCCGGUUACUGGCGAUUUACGCUCGUUAUAAUGGAUUUGCAGGACAAUGUGAAAAUCCGUCUGAUUUGGGACGCUGCAGCUCGGGUCAACGGCGUUUCGUUCAACGACAUGCUCAUCAAAGGACCAGACAUGCUGACGUCACUGUUCACGGUUCUGCUGCGGUUCCGUCAGCGAUCAGUUGCCGUGUGCGGAGACAUACGAGAGAUGUUCCACCAAGUUCGGAUCAUCCCACAAGACAAGCAGUCGCAGCGGUUCCUCUAUCGAGAUCAUCCAGAUCAGCCCCCUCAGGUCUUCGUCAUGGACGUGGCAACGUUCGGUGCGACGUGUUCGCCAUGCUCCGCACAGUUCGUCAAGAACACCAACGCCCAGAACUUCGCAUCGCAAUUCCCGAGAGCCGCAGAGGCGAUCAUAAAGGCCCAUUACGUCGAUGACUACCUUGACAGUGUAGAUACGAUCGACGAAGCGGUCGAAUUGGUGAAAGAUGUAAAGUUCGUUCACGCACAAGGUGGUUUCGACAUCCGGAAUUUCUCGUCCAAUUUGGCCGAAGCAUUACAACGUUUGGGCGAGACCGAGAACGUAAAGGAGAAAUCAAUGAUUCUGGAUAAAUUUCCGGAUAUGGAGCGUGUUCUAGGGAUGGUAUGGAAACCAACGGUUGACGUGUUCACCUUUGAUACCACUCUGAAAGAUGAUCUUACGACGCUACUGGUAGGAGGAGACACGCCCACAAAACGACAGGUGUUGAGGCUCGUUAUGUCGCUGUUUGACCCUUACGGGUUUAUCGCCCACUUCAUCAUUCACGGCAAGAUCCUUAUGCAGCACAUUUGGAGAUCCGGCACAGACUGGGACGAAAAGAUUGUGGAUGAACUACAUGAUCUGUGGAACGAUUGGACACGUCUUCUGAAGCAAUUGGGUGAAGUAGAAGUUCCCCGCUGUUUCUUCGGUUCGGCAAAUAGUAAGCUGCACAGCGGGAUACAACUUCAUGUGUUCGUCGAUGCGAGCGAACUAGCGUAUGCUUGCGUUGCUUAUUUGCGUAUCGUCCACGAUAGGGAAGUGCGAUGCGUGUUAGUUGCAGCGAAGACAAAGGUGGCGCCGCUUAAACCGCUCUCCAUCCCCCGCUUAGAGCUGCAAGCCAGCCUGAUAGGCAGCCGGUUACUGAACAACAUCUGCACUGCCUUGGAUCUGCCCAUAGAUAAGCGGUUCGUUUGGACAGAUUCCAGAACAUCUCUCUCGUGGGUUCGCUCGGAUAGUAGGCGUUAUCAUCCAUACGUAGGUUUUCGUGUCGGCGAGAUUCUGAAUUCUACUACCGUCGAUGAGUGGCACUACGUUCCGUCGAAACAGAAUGUGGCUGACGACGCCACGAAGUGGGGAGUUGGACCUAGCUUCAGUGCGAGUAGUCGCUGGUACACGGGUCCGGAUUAUCUCUUCUUGCCCGAAACCGAAUGGCCAGAGCAGCCAGUGAAACAAUGGAUAACUGACGAGGAGCUACGUACCAGAUUUCAACAUCAUCGAGAAAUGCCGCAGCCUUUGAUUGACUUGAGUAGAUUCUCGAAUUGGAACCGCCUUUUACGCACGACGGCGUAUUUGCUACGCGCAGUGAAGUUGUUCCGAACGCGAGGCAAAUCGGGACCGCUGACCAGCGAGGAGUUGCUGCAGGCUGAAAACUUGCUGUGGCGACAGGUGCAGUAUGAAACUUUCCCGGACGAGUACUGUGUGCUGGAAUUCAACAAGGCGAAUCCGGAGAAGAAGCAGAAGCGAAUCGAGAAGAGCAGUCCAUUGUACGAACAGUCGCCGUUUAUGGACGACGUGGGCGUGAUAAGGAUGAAUAACAGGAUUAGUGCUGCUCCUACCAUAUCCUUUAGAGUGAAAUAUCCAAUUAUCUUGCCGAGGGAACACACUCUAACAGCCCUUCUUGUUGAGAGUUACCACAGACGGUUCAAACAUCAGAACGGUGAAACGGUGUUCAACGAAAUACGUCAGCAGUUUCGAAUACCGAAGUUGCGCCCUCUGAUACAACGUGUCGCCCGGAGCUGCCAGAGCUGCAGGCUUCGGAAGUCAACCCCACGACCACCAAUAAUGGCACCACUUCCGAAGGUUCGGUUGACACCCCACAUCCGGGCGUUCAGCCACACUGGCGUCGACUACUUCGGCCCAAUCCUGGUUAAGCAGGGUCGUAGUUUGAUGAAACGCUGGGUGGCACUCUUCACGUGUCUGACUACACGAGCGGUGCACCUGGAGAUAGUGUACAGCCUUUCAACACAGUCCUGUGUGAUGGCAAUCCGCCGAUUCGUUGCACGCAGAGGAUUCCCGUCAGACCUCUACUCAGACAACGGAACCUGUUUUCGCGGAGCUAGCAACCUGUUGACGGAGCAGAUGGAAGCCAUUCACGAACACUGCGCUGUGACCUUCACCAAUGCCAGAACGAGCUGGCACUUCAAUCCCCCAUCUGCACCUCACAUGGGGGGCUGUUGGGAACGGAUGGUGCGUUCUGUGAAGGCAGCUAUGGGAGCCAUCUCAGAACAUCCUCGUCAUCCAAGCGACGAGGUUCUGGAGACUGUAGUGUUGGAAGCCGAAGCGAUUGUGAACUCACGGCCGCUGACCUACGUACCACUCGACAACGAAAAUCAAGAGGCAUUAACACCGAACCAUUUUCUGCUGUACGGAUCAAGUGGUAUGGUGCAACCGCGGACUUCACUGGUGGCUGACGGUACCACGCUACGGGACAGCUGGAAGCUGGCCCAGUUUCUAGCAGAUUUAUUUUGGAAACGUUGGGUCCGUGAGUAUCUACCGUCGCUCACUAGACGGACUAAAUGGUUUGAGCCCGCGAAGCCUAUGGAACCCGGAGAUUUAGUCGUUAUUGUCGAAGAAAAUAAGCGGAAUGGAUGGUUGCGAGGACGUGUCGUCGAAGUCAUGCGAGGUAAGGAUGGCCAGGCUCGAAGCGCAGUAAUACGCACCGCUGAUGGAAUCUUGAAACGGCCGAUGGUGAAGCUGGCGUUGUUGGAAGUUCGCGAUGAUCAGGAACAAGGAACCCCGGAACUACACGGGAGGGGGAAUGUUAAAAACUGGCAAUCUUCCAACACUGAUUGUCGUGGAGUGAAUUCCGAGCGCUCCCCUGCCGGUACCCGUCAUCGCGACAGCAGACAAAAGUCAACGCCAGAACAGUAA